UCACAGCUUCUCUGUUGUUUCCUUUCUUUUUUUCCUCUGUUACGUAACGGGGUCUUAGCCUCCUGUCGAAGGGAGAGAGAGAGAGAGAGAGAACGGAGACGAACCACGGCGUGGGGGGAGGCUUUAAGAGGGCUGGGACAUGGCCGCGUCUGCCAGUUGCGUGUGCGAAGCCGAGCACUCUUGCGGCGGUCGUUCCUCUAGAUAAGACGAUCCCCGCUGCGUCUUCUCUCCUUUAUUGGCCUCUCUUUUUUCUUUCUCCCUUUUGUUUCUUUCUAGGCUUCUCUCUUUCGGCUUUUCCCACCCUCUCUUUGUUUUUUUGUUUUUUAACGUCUCUCUCUCUCUCUCUCUCUCUCUCUCUCUCUCUCUCUCUCUCUCUCUCUCUCUCUCUCUCUCUCUCUCUCUCUCUCUCUCUCUCUCUCUCUCUCUCUCUCCUAUCUACCCAUCUAUCUAUCCUUCCACCUCCCUUUCGGUCGAACGAGAAGGACCGCGCCUGGCCUCUCCACCCGACCCCCCUGUGAUGCAGAGGAGCGAGGUCGUGGCUUCGUCUGAACACCCUUUCGUGGCAGAACAGAGGCCACCCACCCUCCAUGUCUUGAGGAAAAACGACAGAGACUUGACGAAGCAGCAGAAGGAACUUCUCAGUGUGACUUGAAAGCUUUCUGAUCACGAUCGCUCAUAUUUUAGGAAAGAUAUAAUUCGGGACUUUUGUAUUGUCGUCGGUAGUAUAAGCCGCUGUAAUAGUCGUCAUGAAACUGUCAAUCUCAGGCAAAGGGGUCUUAACCCUACUGAUGAUGUGUCUCCUGACGGCGCAGACGGAGGGGAAACCUGGACAGCAAGACAGUAAUAAGCCUCAGCGUUUAUCAAUACCUUGCAUCACGCCCAAGAUGGACUGCGAUCCUCAUCAAGUUUCACAAUUUUUGGACGAUGAUGACAAGAUUAUUGAUGGGAAGGUCACAGAACCAGGUACCACGCCUUGGCUGGUAUCGCUGAAGGACAGCCACUACGCCGAUCCCGUCCACUUCUGCGGAGGGACGGUCAUCAGUCACGCCUGGGUGCUCACCUCCGCCUCCUGCGUCGCCGGCUACAGCUACCCUUACACGUACCUCCAGGUCGUGGCUGGGGAGUACGACCUGGACGAGGCGGAGGGCUGGGAGCAGAUCAAGAAGGUGACGCGCAUGGAGGUCCAUCCCGAGUACGACCUCUUCACCCAGAACAACGACGUGGCGCUCCUGAGGGUGUUCCCUUGGUUCCUGUACAACGAGAGGGUCGCCCCCUUGCCUCUGCCGCCGACGCACCAUCACCUCCACUUCGCCCACCCGCACGACAACGAAAUGGGCCUCAUCGCCGGCUGGGGGCGCACGGCGGAAGUCAGCGAGAUCUCCCACCUGGUGCUCAUGGCCUACGCGCCUCUCCUCUCGACCGAAGACUGCAUCGGGGCCUACGGGGAAGCCAUCACCGACUCCAUGAUGUGCGCGGGGAACCUCACGCACGGGGGCCUCGAUCCCUGCCAGGGCGACUGGGGCGGCGGCCUCAAGACCCGCGAAGGAUACCUGCUGGGCGUGUCCUCCUGGGGCACCGGAUGCGGGCGCCCCGGCUUGCCUGCUGUGUAUACCAACGUGCUGACUGUGCGCGACUGGAUCUGCAGUGAAGUCAGUUGUAUCACGUGCGAGUUCAAUGAUGACGCGAGGAGGAUUUGUGAUGAUUCGUUAUAAUAAAUUGUGUAGUUGGUAA